AUGAAAAGACAACCAGUCAACCAAAGCAACAGCGACGAUGGCUCAACUAUGACUCAAUGGCCAGUGAGGCAAAUCCAAGGACACGGCGAGCUUAAUAGCGUACUUUAUUACAAGGUGGCUUGGGAACCAACCUGGGAAUCUGAAGACCGACUUCAGCACAUGUUGCCAGCUCUAGUUGCUUGGGACAGACGUCAUGGCUGUUCUGAUUCCAGAAGACCACCUUUGCGUCGAUAUGAUCCUACCUUGAAGCAUUGGUCGGGGAAAGUCACCGGGCGACGCCAGGCCGACGGCCUGGCGUACUACAAGAUUGAGUGGCAAGUGACUAGGGAGCCGGCGGCCAAUUUAAAGAAUGCCACGAGCCUCGUGAAGGCGUAUUGGGAUAAAUUGUAUAGUCUAUAG